AUGACUGGGAUGUUCCAAAUUGUAUUAUAUAUAUUUUUUUGUAAACACUUAAAACACUGGAAUCAAUUCCCCUGCCCAAAUUUGGAAAAGUAUGAGGAUAAUUUUUUUUUUUUUUUUGUUUUUUUUUUUUUUUUUGUUGAUUUGCGACCCUCCAAAUUUUCAAAACUAAAAAAAAAAAUUAAAAAAAAAAAAAAUUAA